AAAGUAAGCAAGUGCACGCCCACAUGACACAUGCCCUUAAAAAUCUGGUGGAAGCAGCUCAGUCAUAAUAACGCAGCACUAUGAUGCACAUUGUGGACUUGAGUUAGCUACAAAAAUCAAAUAUUGGGAAUUCACCGGCAGCUUGUCUACACCGGGAAGAAGAAAAAUCAACCUUACGGAUGAUGGCAGAACACGGAGCGCCCUGCGAUGGGUGGGAGGCCACUUAUUGCAUGAACGGGGGGACAUGCUACAAAAUCGCCUCGAUGGACACGCUCUCUUGUGUGUGCAAUGACAACUACAAAGGGAGCAGAUGUGAGCAGUUCCAACUCCUCCUCAGAUCCUCCGAAUCUGAGCAGGCUGGUUUAAUCGCGGCGCUGGUCAUAGUGGCCCUCCUCAUAUUAAUGGUCUUGGCUGUUAUCAUCUUCUUCACACAUAGGAUGCUGAAAGCCAGAAACCAAAACCGACAGAGUCAGCAAGCGUAUUGGAAAAUACAACCGAGAGUAUGACCAUCGCUUUGGGUGAGGUAUUUCUGAGUGAUCAAGACUGUGAGCAGGAAGGGGGAAAAAAAACACAUGGCUAACACAAGAGAUGACUCUGCAUCAAAUUUAGUUUUCCACCAUAAGAUGAAGUCACAAUCAUUGUGGAAAUACAGCUGGAGCUCGCUAUUUUGGUGUUACAGAGGAACUCUAGAAGACCAACAGACUAUGUUCCAACAUGUUGGUCCAAUGUGUUUCCAAUUUCGUUUCAGAAUCACGCCCUUGCCAUGAAUCCGUUAUUAACUGCAGAAGCCAUGUUUGUGGUAACAUUGCUAAGCGUCAGAAAAGCCCACAAUGAAGUUCACUGUAAAACAGAAAAAAAUAUUAACUUUGAGGACGAGGAACUUGUGUACUGUCUGUUCUUCUCGUUUGAAUUUCAUUGUCGCUUCCGUCGUCUUUUAGCGAGCAGCCAGGAGAGUACAGUCGCAUUUUCAGUUCUAUGGUCGCCAUUGUAAAACUGUUUAUGUGACCAAAUGCAUGAUCUCGUUUCAUUGUACUAUUAGUGAAGUGAAUUAUAUUUAUACAACGCUUUUUCCCCGACGACUCAAAGCGAUUUACAUUGAGAAAGUGAUGAUCCACCAUGAAGCUUUAUCAGUGGUUCUUAACCUUGUUCGAAGUACUGAACUUCACCAGUUUCAUAUGCGCAUUCACCGUUCUUCUAUUAUAUUGUUUAUGUUAAAUGUGGAAUGAGUGAGAGGGGUUGGGCUAUUAUAAGCAUCUGCUUCAUCCAACCCCUUUUCAAGCUUUGCAUAAAUAUCUCUGCCAAAAUGUAAAAAAAACAAAAACAAACCUGUGUUUAAUUGUACUGUGCAGGUUGGAAAUAAAUAUUUCAAUUCAAUUUCAAGACAAAGUUAUAUGAUUUUUUUACUGGUGCACAAAAUGAACCGUGCAUGAACAUCACCUUGUUCAAAGAACAAAACCAACACAGUGCAUGAACUCACAACAAAUUACACACCUACAAAUCAGUUUGUUUGACUUCUGUUGUUGCCUUAUCCAUAAUAUGCCGAUGUACCCGAUGAGUCGAGUGUGGCUUGACUCCACCGAACUCCUGAGGCCGACUCACUGAACCCCUAGGGUUCGAUCGAACCCAGGUUAAGAACCACUGAGCUACAUCUACACCAGUGUGUGUGGCACUGGGACCAAAGCGGGUGAAGUAUCUUGGCCAAAGACACAACAGCAGUGAUGGUGGAAGCUAGAUUCGAACCAGGAAUCCAGCCGCUCUACCAUCUGAGCCACGCCCCUUCCCCCCACAUCACAUUUCAAUCUAUGGCUGUGCAUGUAGAAUACCUGUUUGAACAUUAAACUUAAAUAUCAACCUUCUGUGUCGAAUGAUGGGUAAAUGUUUGAUUUUGUAAUUACAAACAAUGAAACAAACCUACUAAAUGAUUUGAAUUCUGAA